GAGUUUUGAUUUCAUGUUAAAGUACAGCUUCGAUAAAGUUAUGGAUGAUGCUCAACUACUUGUAUCUCGAUUGCGUGCACGUGAAGAGUCGGUUGAUAUAUUAAGACAACAGCUAUGCAAAUUACAAGCACAGUUACUGAGUAUGCGACAGUGUCAAGAAACAAUUCUUGAGUUUGAUGAAUUCUCUAAACGGGUCUCUAAUCAACCAAAAGGUCCACUGAUUAUCUGUCUUGCAGCUGAGAACAAACAACUAGAACAGUUGAAAAUUGAAAAUAAAACAUUGAGAAAUUCCCUUGAUGAACAUCAAACUGCUUUAGAUAUGAUUAUGACUAAAUAUCGUGGACAAAUUUCUAAACUAAUGAGAACCUAUCAAGUAGAACAUCUUGUUCAAUCAGUUAUAAAUCCUGAUAACAGCGAAAAUCGGUGUAUAAAAUCUUCAUACCCGGAUCCGAAAUUAGUUAAUACACGUUCAACUAAUUCCAUUGAUUCGCAAUCUGCAUCACAGAAAUCAAAUUCCGGUAAAGUUGACGAGAUAACAGAUAAUAUAACUCAAUCAUUAACUGAACAAUUUACUACGGUAGCUUCUAUUGUCCGUGACGUUACUGAUCGUGGUGAUGCGUAUGCUGCAGAAUUAGAAGAAGAAUUACAUCGAUUAAGAUCUGAAAAUGCUGGUCUUCGAGAAAUUUUAAUGAUAUCAUCUGAUUGUUGUCCUGAUACUAAUUCUAAUGAUUAUGUUCUUCCACCUGUAUCUUUACCAAAUAAAGAUUCUAUACAACAUGAGUCAUCUUCAUUAUCAUCUAUUCAGUCGGGACGAUUUCAUUUUCUUGAUGAAGAUUCUAGUUCAAUUCAUUUGCCAGGUAUUGAUGAAUGCUUGAGUAGUGUUAAUGUCAACGAAGAUUCAUUUUUAUACAAUAUUCCUAAUCCCUCUGAUGAUAGCAGUAAUAGUGAUACAAUUAGUGGCAAUCAUUCUGACGAGGAUAGUGAUGAAGAUGAUAGUACAGUUUAUGAGGUUGCUAUGAAACAAAUGAUUAACUCUCUAUAAUUUUCUUGUUCGUUUGUUGUCAUGAAUUUCAUUAGCUUUUAUCUUAUUAAUAAUAUUAUUUCUUAUGUUGAAUGAAUGCCUUAUAUCGAAUGAAAAUAGUUUCCAACAUUUAAACAUUUCGUUUACAAUUUAUCUUCUCGUUUUUUGACUGAGAGAUUUUUAUUGUCCGGUUUAAAAUAAGUAAAUAAUUUAUGUGUUUGGUAUUGGAGAAAUGACCAAUUCCCAAGUUAAUAUACUCAUUUACAUAAAAGAACAUCACAAAUUGAAAUAGUGUGUACACCAUUUUUCCUAAAAACAAAGUCGAUUUAAGUAAUUCCUUCCUAAUACAGAACCGAAAAAUGCUUCAAAUAACACUAAAUAUUGCUUAUUAAUUUCUGUGUUUAUUGUAAACAUUCUAAAUGAAACUGUGUUAUUUGUAAAAAAACAACAACAAUCGAUUGGUUUCUAUUGAAUAGUUAAAUUGUGAAAAUACUAAAACAAUGAUCGAAUGCAUUGCAUUAUCCUUUUUGGCAAUGUGAAUAACACGUAUUUUACAUUUAAAUCUAGAAUAUAAAGAAUUAAUGAAUUUUAUUAGCAUCUUACAUAUUUAUGUGAUUGACAAUUUCAAUUAUUAACGAAAUAAAACUAUUUUAGGUGUGUAUUGAAAAGAAAAUGUUAGUGUAAAUGUAUGAAAUGUUGUUCCUCGA